AUGGGUUAUCUGCUUUGUGGCGGGCUUUGUCUUCUGUUGUUCACAGGAGUGGCUCCAGCGGAAUCGAUGAGGUACCAAGCGGUGCAGAAACGAUUUGAUAUCGACAUCGCCAAAAGGACAGAAUUGAGCGACUCAGAGAGUCUUCAGGAGUAUCCCGUCGUGACUGGUGGCCCGAAAGACGAAACGGCGACGGAGAAGCACGUGUUGAACUACAGCUCAAGUCCAUCACGGUUCGAUCCUGUUAGAGGAUUCAGCUUUUACAAGAAACGUUUUGACCCUUACAAAAAGAGGUUCGACCCCUAUGUGAAGCGCUUUGACCCUUUUUCAAAGCGUUUCGAUCCUUACGAGAAGCGAUUCGACCCCUUAUCGAAACGCUUCGAUCCAUACCUGAAACGCUUUGACGGAAGCUAUGGCAUCACUGAUGAGAUGGAUCCUCUCGAUAAGCGAUUCGAUCCUUAUUCAAAGAGAUUUGACGUCUCUGACCUAUACGACACCUACUCCAAGAGAUUCGAUGUCUACAAGCGAUUUCCGAGUUCGAAGAGAUUCGAACCUUUCAAGAGAUUCGAACCCUACUCGAAACGUUUCGACAUUUUCAAGCGAUUCGAUCCAUUUCCAUAUGCAUCGGCGCUGACCGACAUCGACGCUUAUGAGAUCUAUCCUGAUGUUCCGAAGCGCUACGAACCGACAUACUCAAAGGAGUACUGGGGACAACUGAACACAAAGCGAAAUAUAAUCGAUCCAUAUGCAUUCCAUGUAGGAUUUGGGCGUUAA